AUGUAAUAACACUACGCUGAGAUAAAUCGAAGUAAUUCAGCCUUACUCAGAAGGAUGAUGUAUAUCAACUCUCACACUACUAAUCUCAAUAAAUAAAAGCUUGUAAAAUCGUACAAGGAAAUAUCUCACGUUUUCAAAAACAACAAAUAGUUGCACACUGAAAGAGACCGAGUGCAGGACGAAAAUGAAAAAAUAGUGGCCAGACUCUAAGCAACAAAAUCUUAUUAUGAAAGAGAUAAUUAGCUGAUUAAAGCUUAAAAGUACAUAGCGUGUCGAAACAACAUAUCAUAAAAUGCAAGUAUUAAUAUUGUAAGAUCAGGACGAACGGCGUAUCAGGACUUUUGUGAUGAAUCGUAUGGGUUAACAAAGAUAUCUUUAUCCAAGCAAUACUGA